UUCCUCUUGGACGUGUGAAAAAAAGGGUUUUUGGUCAGGUUUUCAGGGGGGAUGAACUUGAACUUGUAAAGAACAAGUUCUGCCUACACUCAUGUGAAUCCUAUCAACUUGCUCAAUGGGUCCAACUUUUCAUGCAAAUCCCACAACUCACUCAUACACUAUAAAGGAAUGCAUAAACCACCAACCAUUUGAUCAUUUCAUAAACGUGAGCUCUCUCCUUCCCACCAUCAUCUAAGUUAACUGCAAAUAUUCCUGAAAAUCAUCUUCCAUUAACCCAACUCGAUCCCUCCUUCAACAAAUCUGUGGUUAAAAAUGUCAGGCGAGGGAACAAGCGGUUCCAUGCUUAUGUUCGUCUCAUCGGAAAUCGGCAUCGAGGCUGCAGAGUCGAAACGGCUGCCGUCUUCAAAAUACAAGGGAGUGGUCCCCCAGCCAAACGGCAGGUGGGGAGCGCAGAUAUACGACAAGCACCAGCGCGUGUGGCUGGGAACAUUCGACGAGGAAGAGCAAGCUGCGAAGGCGUACGACAUUGCAGCACAGAGGUUCCGCGGCCACGACGCCAUCACGAAUUUCAAGCUUUCUCUGGAGGCCUCCGCCGGCGAAGACGACGUCACGGAAUCAUAUUUCCUGAGCUCUCACUCCAAGGAUGAGAUUGUCGACAUGCUCCGUAAACACUCUUACGCGUACGAGCUCGAGCAAACCAAGUACAGCAUUUGUGGAUUCCACGGCGGCGCCGCCGCCACCGCAGGGAAAAGAGUCAGAGGUGGUGAUGAUCAAGCCUUAGCCAGGAGGGAGUACCUUUUCGAGAAGGUGGUGACGCCGAGCGACGUGGGGAAGCUUAACCGCAUGGUUAUACCAAAACAGCAGGCGGAGAGGUAUUUUCCGUUGCCUGCUGAAAACGCAACCGAGGGUGUCGUUUUGAAUUUUGAAGAUGAUAUGGGGAAGGUGUGGAGGUUUAGAUAUUGCUAUUGGAGCAGUAGCCAGAGCUACGUUUUAACCAAAGGGUGGACCAGAUUUGUGAGGGAGAAGAGCCUGAAAGCUGGGGAUAGGGUUAGCUUUCAUCGAUCUGAUAACAAGUUGUUCAUAGAUUGGAGGCAGCCAAAUGGAUCAGGUUUUGUGGGUGUGCCGGAUCAUAAGGUUAACCCAUCAAAAUCUGUGGAAGCUGUGAGACUUGUUAGGUUAUUUGGUGUCAAUAUUUUACAAGCACCUAUAAGCUAGUGAUGUAUUAUGGAUAAUAUAAUAGCCAAUAGGAGGACUAUUGCUAAGUUUACAAAGUAUUUAAAAAAAAAAAAAAAACACUUUUAUAAAGUUACUUAGCACAACAUGACCGAGAAGAAUAUGAAUUCAAAUUUUGGGAAUUCGGUCGUGUUGUGUGACAUCACUUUGUGAAAGUUUUUUUUAAAAAAUAUAUAUAUAUUUUUUGUAAGCCUAGCAUUUCUCUAAUGGUAGCGGAAUGGGUUUGUUGUAAAAGACCUUAAUUUAGUGAACUACAAA